AUGGAUAGACUGCAGUUCAAAGGAGAGAAGGAUGGCUCCUAUGACCUCGGCAUUCACGGCGUCUCUGCUUCGUUGCUGAAGUACUUUGACGAUAACUACAGAGCGCCUACCCCCCACAAAUUCGAUAGUAGUGUGGAUGAGAAAGAGUAUGUCUAA